CUCUCAAACCAAACUGGACGCAAUUCAGCACAAACCCAACUUCCACCAGACCCCUAACCUUUUCGCAGCUCCAGGCUCCAGCGCACAGCCGCCGCCGUUUCUUCAUCUUCUUCGCAGAGCCGGCGCUCCAUCUUCGGCUCCCUCCCUUACUUGCGCUCGGCACGCAGGCGGCGGCGGCGGCGCUGUGGCUCGGGAUCUCAGUGACGGCAUCAGCGGCUUCCCCUCCCGCCUCUCGCCAGUCGCCUCCGGUCCUCCGCACACCGGCCGGUGAUCUCUCUCCUCCCGCCUCCGGUGGAUCGUCAACGACGCCCGGCCCCGGCGGCUGCGCCGCGCGCGUCCUGAGGGCAGCUGCAGGCGCUGCUCCACCAAGGCGGUCGCGCCGCUUUGGGAGCGGUUUAUGCCCCCAAAGUGAAGCGUGCUCUUAGUGCCGCUCUUUGGAACCCUGGUAAUGGCUACUGCUGUUAAAUGGCUCAACCUUCAGUCAUUCUAGCAACUGCAAGUUAUGAUCACACAAUCAGAUUUUGGGAAGCCAAGAGCGGUCGCUGUUACCGCACUAUUCAGUAUCCAGACUCUCAAGUUAAUCGCCUUGAGAUAACCCCUGACAAGCGGUUCUUAGCUGCUGCUGGCAAUCCUCAUAUCCGCCUUUUUGACGUCAACUCAAAUAGCCCUCAGCCGGUAAUUAGCUAUGAUUCACAUACUAGCAAUGUGAUGGCUGUGGGAUUUCAUUGUGAUGGUAACUGGAUGUACUCAGGCUCUGAAGAUGGUACUGUUAGAAUUUGGGAUUUACGGACUGGCACUUGCCAACGAGAAUAUGAAAGUCGUGCUGCAGUUAACACUGUAGUUCUGCACCCAAAUCAGAAAGAGCUAAUAUCUGGUGAUCAGAAUGGAAACAUACGUGUAUGGGAUUUGGCUGCUAACUCAUGCAGCUGUGAGUUGGUGCCAGAAGUUGAUACUGCUGUAAGAUCUCUGACAGUCAUGUGGGAUGGGAGUAUGGUGGUUGCUGCAAAUAACCGUGGGACAUGUUACGUUUGGCGCCUGCUUAAGGGUACUCAGACAAUUACCUGCUUCGAACCUCUGCACAAACUGCAAGCCCAUGAUGGCUACAUUCUGAAGUGCCUGCUUUCACCCGAAUUUUGCGAUCCAAACAGGUAUCUUGCCACAGCAUCAUCUGACCGCACUGUAAAGAUUUGGAAUGUCGAUGGCUUCAAGUUGGAAAGAACUUUAGUCGGCCAUCAGCGUUGGGUUUGGGACUGUGUCUUCUCCGUCGAUGGUGCUUAUCUGAUAACAGCAUCUUCUGACACUACAGCGAGGCUAUGGACGAUGUCGACUGGAGAGGCCAUCAGGGUGUACCAGGGUCAUCACAAGGCCACCGUGUGCUGUGCUCUCCAUGAUGGAGCAGAAUCAGCGCCCUCAUAAGCAUGUUGUGACUGCUUUUCUGUACAUACGUUAGAUUGCAGAACUCUUUCACUCUUGUAAACUUGAGACCUAGCAAGUUGUUAACGCAAGCCUCUGGGGUUGCGUACAAAUAAUUUGCGUGCUGUUGGUGGAUGUUUAAACCUGCUAUGUUUUAUGGUGUGAAUGCUAUAAAAAGACAACAUGUUCGUUCAAUAGUUAAAGGGUGGUUUGAGCAA